UCUGAUAGACGAUUCUCAUGCCAUCCCACUUUCAGGUUUUUCGCCCUCAACUCCAUGAUGCGGUGGAACGCUCUGACAAACGGACGGGUGUUCAUCAGGAACAACCCCCGGUUCAACGACAUGACGGCCGCUGAUCUCAGGCGGCGCAUCCGGGCGGGCGAGAGGAACAUCCUCAAGCAAGCGCUGUACCACGGCAACAAGCUCAAGGGCACCAGGCAGUACUGGCAGUCCCGUUGUGGUGAGUUACUUGACAUGGUCAAUCAGCUAGGAAUACCCACACUGUUUAUGACUCUUAGCGCUGCUGAUCUGCACUGGUCGGACUUCUUCCGGCUCGUGUCGCCUGGCGAGGACUUCGAGACCAUGACGGAGACUCGGCGUCAGCAACUACUGUGCGAAAAUCCUCACCUUGCUGACACUUUCUUUGCCGAGAGGACAAAGUUUUUCAUAACGAAGGUAUUUAAGGCUAAGUACAAUGUAAAGGACUACUGGUUUCGCUUUGAGUACCAGCACCGGGGUUCGCCUCACGUUCACGGGAUCGUGUACCUAGACGGUGCCCCUGAUGUGAGCAACCUGAAGGAUGCCUCUCAGGAGCACCUCGACGCCGUUAUCAGGUACUUUGACUCCUUGGUUUCGACGAUGAACCCAGUUUAUGCUCAGGUACAUUGCCAAAUACACGGCAAAAGGUGAGAAACAGUCUGUGACCUGCCGGGAGCUCGUGGGAGGGUGAUUCUCAGAAUACGGGCCGUUUAGAUUCCGCGGCCCUUCACAACUAUGUGAUAUGGUUUGAAAAGGUUUUUAUACCAUCUAGAUACUCGAAAGCACUAAUACUACCUGGUGCAACACUAACAACCUAAGAAUACUGCAACAGUAGGUGACUAGAGCAGUUUAAAUGGUCAAAAUGUGAACUCCAGUACGUUCCUAAUGUC